AGUGACAUUGAAUUUGCGUUCGGCUCAUGACAUCCAAUGUCAACGACACACAAAAUAUAUAAUUGGGUCAAAUGAACAAAUUUAAAGAGAAUCUACCUACCAAAACUGGGACCGUGAAAAUAAUUUAAAAGAAAAAAAAUUGUUUGACAAUAGACAUUUUAAAUGAAUAUCCAUACAAACAUGGAGUAGUUCAAUGUGUGUGCGUUUUGAGUUCGAACAAAUUUUGAUUGUAACAUUUCAUUCCAAUUAUAGCUACGUUCACUUUUAGUUUCGUUUCUCGAUUUUAUUUUCUUAUGAUUUUUUAUUUGUUUGUGUUGGCCAGCCAGCCCAGUGGUUAACAUCUAUUAUUAUCGAUACUUAACAAAUAACUAAUUGAGUGGAUCGAUUGAAGUGAACGUGUAUGUUUGCUGAGCUAUUUAAUUUUGUUGCGGGCAUCACUUUAUUUUUAUUUGUGAUCCAUUACCUUUGUUAUAUCGUUCAAACGUUAUCGAUAAAUCCAAGCACUGCCGAGUCAACAAAUAGUAGUGAUUGCAUCGCAACCGAUAAACAACGUGAAAAUUUUGCUUCAAAAUCGACUCGGUCUAUUGCAAUGCAGUCAGAAGAUGCAAAAUAUAUCAAAAAACGUUUGAAAGGCGGGAGUAUUGAACCACAUCCAUCUGAAAAUGCCAUAAUCAUCAACUAUACGCUAGAGGCAACCGUGUUCAAUGAGCCUGGUGAUGCGAUGUUAGAAAAAUCAAAGAAUUGUCAGCGUAUAUUACGAUUGCCAACACUUAAUUCACGUUGCGAUCCAACUGCUUUGGCCAAAGAAAUCGUUGAAAAAUGUGACAUUAUCCAUAAAUCGCAGUUAGCUGAAGUUCAACAAAUCAUUUACUAUUUAAAAAAACGCAGCGAAAGCGACGGAUUUGACGUUAUGAACAAAAGUGCUGGUUCACUAAAGCAGUCACGCCUUAAAUCAGCGUACGGUUCGGCUAACUCAAUAAAAGAUGCAUCGCCCGCCGAACCAGAAAAAGCAUCCAUUCGAAAAAUUGACGAAUAUGUCGAUCUACUGUAUGAAGACUUAUCGGAUCGAAUUCGUGGAUCAGCGUUAAUUUUACAAUUGGCACGAGUUCCGGAUAACCUUGAGGAAUUACAAAAAAAUGAGGCUGUUUUAAGUGCAUUGUCUCGCGUUUUACGUGAGGAUUGGCGAAAAAGUCUGGAUUUAUCCACCAAUAUUGUUUUUACUUUCUUUUGUUUUUCCACUUACUCACAGUUUCACAAUGUUAUAACUCAAUAUAAGAUUGGAUCUUUGUGCAUGGAUGUAAUUGACUGUGAAUUGAAACGAUACGACACAAUGCAAUCAGAUUUGGAGAACUUCAAGAAAUCUUUUGACAAUUUGAAUGCAGCUGCAAAAGACCAAAGUAAAAGUUUUGAUGAUUUGGAUCUCGUCAACGAGGAGAAACCAAAAGAGAUGGAACCACCACGUCGACGAAUCCCAGAGUUGAAACAACGUCCAAAGUCAGGAAAUUGGUCAAAUCAAUCGAUAAGUAUGACUUCUUCUCUACUCCGAAGUCAUACUCUGAAUAACAGUUACCAUGAUCGUCUAUCCACGUCAAUGUUGAGUCCAACAAGUGACAAUGGCGACAUUCAAAACGAUCCGAAACGAAACAAAGACGAAUUUGAUCGACGUAAUAAGCAGUUGCGUGUGUUUGCAAAAAAGCAGGAGCAAUUGAUUCGUGUUGCAUUUUAUUUAUUAUUAAAUAUCGCCGAGAAUACAGCAUUUGAGGAGAAAAUGUGCCGUAAAAGUAUAAUUCGAAUGUUGGUGAAAACAUUGGAUCGACAAAGUGUUGAAUUGCUUAUGCUGGUCGUUACAUUUUUGAAAAAACUCUCCAUCAUUCGUGACAACAAAGACGAAAUGAAUCGAAUGGAUAUUGUUACAAAAUUUCCAAGGAUAUUACAAAGUACCGACACCGAAUUACUGCAUGUAACUCUUCGACUUAUAUUCAAUUUGUCGUUUGAUGCUUCGCUUCGAUCGCAAAUGAUUCGAAUUGGUCUGUUGCCGAAAAUGGUGACCUUCUUGAGCGACGAAAAACACCAUGAAAUUUCUGCAAAAAUCUUGUAUCACUUUAGUGUGGACGAUAAAGUUAAAUCAAUGUUUACAUACACUGAAGCAGUUCCACUGGCCAUUGAUAUGUUGCUUUUGAAUUUGAAUCCAAAAGUUGAUAUGGAUUUGAGUGCAUUGUGCAUAAAUCUAGCGCUGAAUAAACGAAACGCGACACUAAUGGUUGAAAAUAAUCGUUUGCACACAAUAAUGUCGCGUGCGUUCAAGUAUCAAGAUUCACUUUUGAUGAAAUUGGUUCGGAACAUCUCCCAGCAUGAAUCUCUUCGUAGCCAUUUUGUGGAUUUCGUCGGCGAUUUGGCUCAAAUGCUGACAAUAUGCGAAGAACAAAAGUUCACAAUUGAAUGCCUGGGCAUUUUGGGCAAUUUAUCGUUGCCUGAUUUGGAUUAUUCUGCCAUCAUUCAAAACUUUGAUCUCAUUCAAUGGAUAAAAAAAGUUCUCACUCCGGGCAACAAGACUGAUGAUCUUGUAUUGGACACAGUUGUAUUUUUGGGCACAUGUGCUUGCGAUGAAGCGUGUGCAAUGUUACUUUGUCGAUCCGAUAUUGCUUUGGCUUUGAUCGAACUAUUGAAGGCCAAACAAGAGGAUGACGAAAUGGUGCUUCAAAUUAUUUUCGUCUUUCAACAAAUUCUUCGCAAUGAAAGUACACGAGACUAUAUGAUUAAAGAGACCCAAGCGCCAGCCUAUUUGAUUGAUUUGAUGCACGAUACAAAUCCAGAGAUACGUAAAGUUUGCGAUUACUGUUUAGAUGUGAUCGCGGCCACCAAUUCAGAAUGGGCAACUCGCAUCAAAUUGGAGAAGUUCCGUAAUUACAAUUCUCAGUGGCUUGAAAUGGUGCAACAGCAUCAAGAAGAAAGUGAUAUGGAUACAUUCUACGAUCCAAUGGACGCUGACGAUGACAAUGAUUUGCCAGCCUACUUGCCCGCAGACUUCAUUUACCAAGCGCAACAACGUGCACAAUCUGAUGAUGCCACGUCUACCAAUUCUUCGGCAAAUUUUAUCAACAGUCGACCUGUUAGUCGGUACAGCAGAGAUUUUGAUGAUUAUGAUCCGAUGGAUUCGAGCACAAAAAGCCGUGAUGAAAUAGACAAACCCGAAUUGAUUACAUCGAAAAAUAUUCGAGCUGAUUCGGGUGAUGUUGAAGUACUUACGGAAUUGGAAUAGACAUGAAUUUUCUAUAUACGCGCAAUCGAAUUUGGAACAGUAAAGUUACCAUUCACUCAAUACAGUACACGUGAGGAACGUUUUUUUAAUAAAGAAAAAAAAAAUCUAAAAAUUGCUUUUGAAAAGAUAGAAGCGUACAACUUGCUUACAUAGUGCAUUCCAAAAUAAUUAAUUGUACAACAGACAUUAUUGUAUUUAACAAUCAAAUCAAUUUACUAUUUAUUUUCAUUUUUUCUUCGAAA